UUUUGAGAUAUGAUAAAAAUUUGAUGUGAAAAAUAUAAAAAGUAUAAAAUCAACAGAUAACAUUAUUUUUAUAGUAUUCAGUUCAUUUACAUUGCACUAGAUGUCUGGAUCCUAAAACCAGUUUUAUAUUUUCCCUCAAAAAAGUAAAAGAAUUAAAUGAAGUGUGCUCCAAAAGUGAAUGAGUUGUAUUCUUAUAGUGUUGCAGUAGUUUAUAAAGUUAAAAAAUAAAAAAAGUUACAGAUUAUGGAAAGAAUAUUAGAAAAAUGUGUGAAAAUUGUGAAACACAUUUCAGUGGAGCCAACAAUGUGGCUUUACAUGAUGGCAUUUAUGACCACUUCUGUAAUUGAACAAGCAUUUUUUGUUUAUAAAGCUUGUCGUGUAGAUCAUGAAUUUAGCGAAGAAAUCUGUAGAAAUAUAACAGCAAACAAAACAUUAAAUUCUCAAGUACAAAUUACUGUUUCAAAAUUUCAUCAAUGGAAUGGAAUAGCAUCUCAUGUAUUGCCAAUAAUUUUAGCAUUUUUCAUUGGAAAUUGGAGUGAUCGUCGAGGGAGAAAAUUACUUCUAAUUCUCGGUUUAUUUGGCAAACUUAUUUAUUCAUUUAUGAUUGUUAUAAAUACAGUAAUGCCAUCAUGGAAUAUCAAUAUGAUUAUAUAUACUGCUAGUAUACCAUCCACAUUAUUUGGAGCAGAUGUUGCAAUUUUUGCCGCUUGUUUUGCUUAUAUUUCUGAUAUCUCAAGUGUUGAGGACAGAACAUUUAGAAUUACAAUAUUAGAUGCUGUAUAUUUAAGCUCAAUGCCUAUGGGUAUUGCUCUUGGCUCCUAUUUAUUUAAUCACGUUGUAAAUUUUUCCUAUACAAUAAUGUUUAGUAUAAAUUCAUCUCUUUUAGUAUUGGCAAUUAUUUAUUCUCUAUUAAAUUUAGAAUGGCAAACAAAUACUAAACAACAAUCAAUAAAAGGAAGAAAUGUAUUUUUAGAUUUUUUUGACAAAAAUCAUGUAAUUGAAACAAUAAAAACUUUAGUGAAACGACGCGAAUUAAAUGGUAGGCUUUGUUUGUGGAUAUUAUUUUUAGGUAUGUCACUUUAUGCAUUUCAAAGGGAUGAAAAACCAAUGAGCUAUUUGUAUACACAAAUUAUGUUUAAAUGGAAUGUCGCUGAUUUCAGUCAAUUUCGAAUAUUUCAAUCAAGUUUAUUUGUUAUUGCUAUGCUGUUGGGUGUACCAAUAAUGAGUAAAACAUUCAAAUUAAAUGAUACAUGGAUAGUGAUAAUUGGCACUUUAUCUCAUUCAUUAGCAAGAAUAGUUUUUUGUCUUGCUAAAAAACCAAUUUUCUUCUAUAUAGGUACAAUUUUUGGAGCAUUUGGACCAAUUGUAGCUCCAGUAUUGAGAUCAAUGAUUUCCAAAGAAGUACCACCGGAAGAAAGAGGAAAAAUAUUUUCCAUAUUGUCAGUUUUUGACAAUGCUGUACCAAUAUUUAGUGGAGUUAUGUAUAGUCAAUUGUAUAAUGCAACUAUAAUUAGUAUGCCCAGUGCUAUUUAUUUGCUGACAAUUGGUUCACAAAUUACUGUCUUGUUUUUAGUAUUAAUUAUUUAUUUUUUUCCUCGAUCGCAAAGACUGAACGAUAAAAAUGAAGUAAAUGUAUAAAAAUUUAUUCAAUACGGAUAUAUAUAUAUAUAUGUAUAUAAUAGUGGGUAAAAAUGUAAUUUUCACAAAUUUAACUAUUUUUAGAACUCAUUUACAAUAUUGCAUAUAAUAAAUUUUAAUCUCGUUAUACGCGUACAAAGAUUUAUAAGCAUAAUAAAAAAUCAAGACUAUUGUAAAUAUUUUAUUA